AUGAAGAACCUUGUUUCACAUAUCGGGGAGCACCGUUGUGUUGCACGCGUGCGUGAGGUGCUCACCACUCCACUGUUGGGGUUUUGGGAUUUUUGUGAUUUCUUCUCCUUCGAUCUGUUUAGAGGGGUGGGCGGCGUCGUGGUGGUUAUUAGAAAAAGAGGAAAUCAGUCAAUUCAUAUAUCUCGGCCAUUCGCCGUUUUGAAUAUUACUCCGGCGCCACCACCCCUUAAAAUUCCAAGUUCCUCCGACUCGCCGAUCCUAUCAGAGAAGCAAAUCGAUAGAAUGUUGAAGGCUGUAAAUGAUGAUUAUGGAGGCGUCAUUGUGGAAAUGACCAAUGAACCCAUGGAUGCUCAUAUCUUUGUUUCUUUACUCAGAGCCUCGCUUUCCCAUUGGAGACAACUGGGCAAGAAAGGAGUCUGGAUUAAAAUGCCUAUUGAGCUUGUAAAUCUUGUUGAACCUGUUGUUAAGGAAGGAUUCUAUUAUCACCAUGCGGAAUCUAGAUACUUGAUGCUUGUGCAUUGGCUUCCUAGUACUCCUAACACUAUACCUGCAAAUGCCUCACAUAGAGUGGGUGUUGUUGCUUUUGUCGUGAAUGAAAAGAAUGAAGUUCUAGUUGUCCAGGAAAAAGAUGGAAAAUUCCAGGGAACAGGUGUGUGGAAGUUCCCCACAGGAGUUGUUGAUGAGGGGGAAGAUAUAUGUGAUGCAGCUGUGAGAGAAGUGAAAGAAGAGACAGGAAUCGAUUCAGAAUUUGUAGAAAUACUAGCAUUCGGACAGAGCCACAAGUCAUUCUUUGAGAAGUCAGAUUUAAUCUUUGUGUGCAUGCUACAACCAUUCUCCUUUGACCUCCGGCCGCAGGAAGCAGAGAUAGAGGCAGCUCAGUGGAUGCCAUUUGAAGAAUACACAGCCCAACCAUUUGUUCAGGAACACGAGUUUCAGAGGUAUAUUGCUGAUGUAUGCUUAGCAAAGAAAGAUGAGGGGUAUUCCGGAUUCUCUCCUGUACCUACUGUACCUAGUUUUUCUCCAACGAAGAGCUACUUGUACUUAAACCAGCAGGACCUCGACUUUUGA